AUGGCGUUGGAUCGCUAUGUAGCCAUCUGCCAUCCCCUGCGACAUUCAACCAUUUUGACAAGUGUCACGCUGACCAAACUUGUCCUAGCCAUCGUUCUGCGUGGUGGAAUGAUCACAUUGCCCUGCGUCCUCCUAGCAAGGCAGUGGUCAUAUUGUGGAACUAACAUGGUCCCCCUGCCUUACUGCGUGCACAUCACUGUGGUGGGGUUGGCUUGUGGUGACACCCGAGCCAGUAGUUACUACGGCCUCUUUGUGCUAUCUUGUAUUAAUGGUCUAGAUGUGAUUUUUAUUGUUGUGUCCUAUAUUCCAAUCCUCAGGGCCAUCUUCAGACUCCCCACAAAGGACGCCCGGAUCAAAACAUUCAAGACCUGCAUCUCUCAUCUCUGUUCCAUUUUAGUGUUUCACAUCCCAGCUCUCUACUUCUCCUUCUCGGGACGAUUUGACAAGAAGAAGCCUCACCCUGUCCAAAUUCUUAUUGCCGUCAUGUACUACGUCAUGCCCCCCAUGUUGCACCCCAUCAUCUAUGGUGUGAUGACUAAACAGAUCUGGGGUCGGAUGCUUCAUUGCUUUGUCCACAAAGGCUCCUAA